AUGAGACCAUUGCCGAACAUAAUCUGGACACCGUUCGACACCAAUCCGAGUCCACUUCACGAGAUCCUCUACGUUUACAUGAUCUGGAACCUAUUCCUUUCAUUGUUCGGCAACGCAUUUUACGAUGCAUUGUAUAUCUACUGCUUGGUGCAUCUUUACGUCCAGUUUGAGUUACUCAAAGAACUCCUGAAAAACCUCAGUACAGGGAUCAUGGAAGAUGCUUCAGACUUAGAUAGAUUCCAGUCUCAAUACUUUCAGAAAAAAGUUAUGGACAGGUUGAAGCUCGGUGACCCUGGAUAUCAACAAGCUAUUGGUCAGGAACUUGGUGUUAGUCAAGCAACGGUAUCUCGGACUAUGGAUAGAGUUGUGAAAAACAUAGUUGCCCAGUCGAACGAAUGGAUCAAGUUUCCAACUACCAACCAUGAACUGAUGGAGGCCAAGCGGAUAUGGCAAAGCAUGUUCGGCCUAAACCUCGAAAAAUAUGGAUCUGUUGUACUUAUACCUCAACUAAUCAUGAGUUACCUUGCUUUAGUUGUGAAUGGGUUCAUCUUGACUUUGGAAUAAUAGUGUGUCGCCCAUUAAUCGACUCCCCACAUGCCUACGAUUUUAUGCCUGCAAUGCACAUUAAAAUUGUAUUGGAGACUUUAUUAGCAUGCAUCAGACAACAGCAUCCCGUAUAAUUGCAAAAGUUUCAAGAGCAAUAGCAGGUUUAUCAAAUCAAUAUAUCAGAAUGCCCAAUGAAGCUGAUGAAAUAAUAAGAGUUCAGAAUGACUUCUAUAGGAUCUGUAGAUUUUCACGAGUCAUUGGAUACAUUGACGGGACGCACAUAAAGAUGCAAUCACCAGGAGCUCAAGAUGGAGAAGCUUUUCGUAACAGCAAGUUAUAUUUUUCUAUAAAUUCUGAAAUAGUUGCUGGGCCAGAUUUGAAAAUAUUUGAUAUUAUUACUCGAUGGCCAGGAUCUACCCAUGAUUCAACUAUUUUCAAUGCAUCUCACCUAAGAACACGCAUUGAAGAGAGACAAUUUCAGAACGCGGCGCUCUUGGGAGAGUGGUUACCAGCUGAAAGUCUACCUAAUGACACAUCUACAAAAUCCAGGCAAUAUUCUUAUGUGCAAUGUAGUAGAAACAUUAAUUGGUGUUUGGGAAUGUCGGUUCCCAGUAUUAGCCUAUGGUAGUCGAUGUCGAUUAGAUAACGCUUUAACUACAAUUGUUGCCACUGCUGUGCUAGCAAAACAUGGCCGCGAAUGUGCUAGAGGAUUUGCCUCCCUAUCCAAAAGAACUCAACGGUCAAGAGCUGGAUUACCUAAUUUUACAAGGAGAUAUUCCUCAUGCACAUGCAGCGAAUGUUGGUCAAGACCCAUUUAAUUUUCGCCAAAAUCUGAUAGAUAACUAUUUUAGUUAUUUAUAAAACAUCUGGAUAAUAAAAACACAAUUUGUGGGAAAACUACAUACUUUUUAAAACUUUCCUACAGUAUCUUUAUUACACUAAAAAAAAGUAACAUACAGUAUCUUAACACAAAGUAAUAAUCAUCAUUAUAAGGUAACUUAAAUUUAUUUUUUGAUUGGAAAUUUUUAACUGAAGCAAAUCUAUUUUAAAUUUUCUUUCCAUUUUUAUAAAUUCUUGCUCUUAAUCUGUAGCUUUUGUUUUUCCAAUAGUCAGUAUUUUGUCUAAGAGUAGAUUGUAUUUAGAGGCAAUAUCAAAAGAUAUUAAAGCAGUCACAACUUGCUUCGGUCUUCUUGUAGACCUCUGUGGAGUCUGGGGAAAGUGAUUUGGAGAGCGACUUCAGGCCCCCACUUCAUAGCAGGCAUUGCUCCACCUCCAGUUGAAACUCUUUGGUUUUUCUCCUCACCUAUUUUCCUUCUUAAUUCUUUUUUCUUAUAUUCAUAGAACAUUAUCAAUGACUGGGCACAUCUGUAUGCAGUAGAGGGAGGAGUUAAAGUCUUUUUCAAUUUGGUUCCAAGCAUUGCUCUAGAGGCUCUGUCGGCCUUCUUGUCCUCUAAUAUUUUCGCAUAGCCAUGCACUUUUACAUUAAAUAAAUGCAUCUUUUCAUUAGCAGUAAAAUUCGGUUCUCAUUUCUUCUGAUUCCUUUCCAUUUCGAUACCUAACCCUCUUGAGCAUAUAGAAACUGUCACAUUUCAAAAUCUUUUGAAAGAAUCUAUAAAUUUGCAAUAUUGCCAACGUUUUGUUCAACGAUUCUCAUAUUCGAAUCUGGCGUUCCUGAUCCGAUUCCCCAAUCUGGAUUAAAGUAUCAAAUGAUGCUUAUGAGUUUUGUGACAUUUU